CUCGUACUGACGCUGGGGGCAGAUGGUCUCUCUCUCAGAGUCAGGCGUCAGCUGUUCACAAGCACAGAUGAGGGACUUAGAGUGUCGGACGCUGAGUCUCACCCACAGCUAAGAGGUACAGCUACAGAGGGAAACACAGAAACUCCUGACAAAACUCCUGAGCCCUCGUCUCUGUUGGGUUUACUGGAAUCUGACUGAAAACUACCAUGUUUUUCUCUGAAAUGUACAUUUGAUCCGGGAAGAAAUGCUUUACUCGAGGUGCACAACAGGAAAGUGUUUAGUACUUGUUCUGGGUUCGGGAGCUUCCUCUUUCCCUGAAUGACACAAGCAGGACGUUCCGGUUUCACCCCUUCAAUGAGCAAAGCAGCUUCACGUCCAAACCAGCUGCCCACCAAAAAGAAGUAAUAAUCCUCCAAGAUGGCAAUGACUUCACUCUAUGUUACUGAGGAGCCAGGAGCUGGCUUAACUGAAGUGGACAUAUGCACGCUUGAGAUUAAUAUGAACUAUGAAGUCAUCCCAUCUAUUGUCUGCUCUGUUUGCCUUUCAUUCGGCCUCAUCUACUGCUUCUUUGGAUUCCGCUGCUUCAGGAUGGUCAUGUUCUUCUCAGGCUUCUUGCUUGGCUCAGCAGCUGUGCUCCUGUUGUACCACAAGGAGCCUGUGCUGAACGUCCAGCUGGGGAUGGAGACGAAGGCGGGCAUCGGUCUGGGUGUUGGGGUGCUGUGUGGGCUGAUGACCAUGCUGGUGUCCACUAUGGGACUCCUCCUCAGCGGCCUCCAGCUGGGCAGCCUGCUGUCCCUCUCCAUCCUGGUGAUCGUCGCGCAGUUUCACAGCCUUACUCCGGUUUGGGUGCCUCUCGGUGUCGUUCUGGCUGCCAGCAUCACCACUGCCGUCUUCACGCUGCAGUGGCAGAAACUCUUCAGCAUCAUCUACACCUCAGUGUUGGGGGCGACCACGGUGAUGCUGUGUGUGGACUACCUGGUGGGGACGUUCAUGCUGCCCGAUCAGGUGUACGACAUGUUUUGUGAAGUUGCUCCGCGACCGCUCUGCUGGUUCAACUGGGCCAUCAGUGGGAUCUGUCCCGUCCUGAGCCUCAUCGGUGUGCUGGUGCAGUGGUGGUUUACUGCUAAAGGAGUCUCACACAGAGACGCUGCACAUAAAAAACACCUGAAACACUGCAAGAAGCACAAACACAGGGAGUUCAGGGGAAGACCUCCACCGCACCGUCAGCGUAGACCUCCACCACUGAAGCGUUACGCUGGAGACGUCUUGGCACCGAGUUACCUCCAGAGCCUUCAGGAGCGUCAGAUGGGAACGGGCUCCUCCACCAGCAGCGUCAGCACCAUCACACACACUCUAAUAGACUUUGACUUCGAGACCGGCUCCAUGGUGCCUCUGACCGCUGCCUCCCCCGUCUUUGCGGUCUGAACAAACACAAGUGACUGUAAACUGCCAGUAUCUGAGGAAUCUACUGCAACACGCUGAUAAUGAAAUAUUCCGUCCAUCUCCACUUCUGCCAGAUGAUCAUCAACAUGCACACAGCGUGAUCUGAGAAGUUCAUCCCCUGAAUGACGACACGACGAAUUAAUGCAACAUCCACAGUCAUCAGGAUCAUGACUGCCACAUCCUUUGAACAAUUUAUCUCACAGACAGUUUAUGUUUUAUCGAUGAGCUGCUUUGUUUCACACAAGUUUAACAACCUUUUACCCUUCAAAAAUUUGUGUAUGAUUCUGGAGACUCUCCAUGUCAUUGGAUAUGCACAUAGAUCCAAAACAGUUCUAGAUUUGUUUGAAAUUAAAGUAUUAUGGUUAUAAACAAGACAUUCAUACAAGCAUAUGCAAUGAAAUUAAACAUACACAGCAGAAAUGUGUAAUUCUGGACUAAAAACAAUAAAAUAUUGGUUUGACUACAGCA